AUGGCACGAAGAGGAUUUCUGGUUUUCCUCCUUGUUACCAUACUCUUGCUGGAUCAGACAACUGGCCAGGGUUCCCAUUCCAAAGCCAGGAAACACAGCAAACGGCGGGUAAAAGAGAAAGAUGGAGACCUAAGGAGUCAAAUAAACAAGCUUUGGCAAGAAGUAAAUUCCCUGAAAGAAAUGCAAGCACUACAAACAGUCUGUCUUCGUGGAAUGAAGGUCCAUAAGAAAUGUUACUUGGCAUCUGAGAGUUCCAAACAUUUCCAUGAAGCCAAUGAAGAGUGUAUAGCAAAGGGGGGGACUCUUGCUAUCCCCAGGGACAGUGAUGAAACGAACGCUCUACGAGACUACAGCAAGAAGAGCUUGCCUACCAGUGCCACCGAUUUUUGGCUGGGUAUCACUGACAUGGUGAAUGAGGGGAAAUUUGUUGAUGUCAAUGGAAUGGUUCUCAGCUACUUCAACUGGGACCGGCUGCAACCCAAUGGAGGGAAGCGUGAAAAUUGUGUCUUGUUUUCUCAGUCAGCUAAUGGAAAGUGGGUGGAUGAAGUCUGCCGUACAGUCAAAAGAUAUAUUUGUGAAUUCCUGAUCCCUUAA